ACUGGUGUUUAGGAGCCAAGGAUUUGGAAAGCAGCACUCUCCUCGGACACUCCCAACUUUCCUUGCCUCUGGCUCACGCACUCAUCUUGUUGCACCUCUGUGUCUGUCAGGUUUACUCAAACCACUCUGCUGCAAUCUGCCUGUGUCAUCGGGCCUUGGUUAAUGAGCUUAGCAUGUGCAGCACAGCUUGUAGCCUUGCAUGUUGUUGUCGUGGUGGUGGUGGUGGGGGGGCACCCCGAAUUGGGUAGCGAGAGAACUAACCAGGACCUCCUUUCUUAUAUUAGCCCUGCAGCUAGUUUCUCUAUCCUCUGUCCUCCCUGACUUGAAUGCUACCUGACUUCACUCUCUCUCUUUUUUGCUCUCUCUCCCUCAGUCUGUCCCAAAGCUUUGUCAUAACUGCUUUGUUGCUGCAUCACCUCUCGGGUAGCUGCGUCUCUUUCCUCUCUUAAAUUCACCCUCUCCAACAACUUUUUUUUUUUUUUUUUUUUUCAUUUGCCAAAAUGUACCGGAACCCGUGGAUUUCUAAUUAUCUGAGCCAUGUCAAGUUUUGCAGCGAAGGACUUACAAGUGACAGCCCGAUUACAAUUGGCAAUACCAGACUCCUACAGAAGAGAGCUCUUAGCUUCCAAAAAGAAUUCUCCUUUGACGAAAAGGGCGAUCCAGUCAAAGUUACCAAGGAUAUAGAUGUUAGUCUCUUGGCUAAUUUCAACAAAGUCUCUGAGUUGAGGAAACGAUUUGAAGGCAUUGCCACAAGCACGAGUCACUGGGAAAUGAACAGAAAGGAGCGUAUUAAUCGGCGAUUGGAGGGCAUUGAGGGUGAGGUGCACCCAUCUCUUCUGCCCAAUUUGGUGGCUAACCGGCUUCUGGAAGAGGAUACACCGCGAUACACGAGAGCGUCUGACCCCUGUGAGCCCUGUGGUGUUACAGUGCAAAGGUAUGGAAUGGAAGGUUUGGAAAAUCUAGAUAUGCAGCCAGUGGUUCCUGAGCGACAGUCCAGAACUCAAUGCAGAUCUGACCCUAAAGCCUCCAAUCACACCGAUCAUGUCUACAGUUCAUCCUCAUCCACCAAAGGUGCUCCAGAGCUAGAGUCCAAAGCUGAACGCAUUGCCCGCUACAAGGCGGAACGGCGUCGGCAGCUAGCUGAGCGUUAUGGCAUCUCUUUGGACCAGGAGCCAGACAUUGACUGUUCAUCUGUGUACACUCGUACUCUGAAAGAGCCUGAGGGCUCCGCAAGGCAUAACAAAGCGGAGUUUGUCGCAGAUGAAGAGAGUGACAUCACUAUGAAUUCCUACACUUCCAUCGGUAGCCCGAGGAGAGGGCAAAGUGUGCCCCGACACGGCCAUCCCGAGACCGGAUAUGAAAUGAGUCGAGGCAGAGUAGACUCGUUCUCGGAGAGGGAGAGACUCAUGAACCUGGAGAAUCAACGUAGGGCAGCUGCUCCUGAGCCAUCCGCUUACAUGGAUGUUACAUCAUUGUCCUCCAGCGCGAGGGCGCCUGCUAAGGACUACGCCGUCACAGGCGUGCCGCCGGGCUCACCCAAGAUGAGCAGACAUCCUUCUCUCCCCGCACCGAAACACGGGGCAUCACCUGGCGACCUCUUUAUUGAGCAGCAGGCCCAUAACAUACUCAACAGACAUGGUACAAGCGCAAAACUGUGCACUGAUUGGUUCCUCGAGACUGAUGCUGAUGGCGACACCCACUCCUUAAUCAACUGGCCCUCGAGAAUUAGAGUUAGAGAGAGGCUUGCGAAGGAGGAUGCUCGCCAGAGGAGCCCAGAGCCGGGAAGUGUCGCAGAGGCGCCGACAUACCGCAGACAAUUUCAGCAUCAGCCAUCUGCGCGUUACAGCACAGACCCACUGACUCCUCAGCAGAACAACUCCCACCCUCAACAUCACGCUCAGCUCUCUCAGUCCGGCCCACCAGCGGGACUAGAUUUUGUCAGUUAUCCCAGUUAUCUGUCCAUGACCUCUGGUGCUCCAUCCAGAGCGGAGGAGCUCCCAGAUGAAGAACGUGAGGAGACAGGCGGCGUUAGGACAGAGGGCCUCCUGCGUAGUAAGAAAGCAGUAAUACCCUCAGAGAUCCACCGCAGGGAGAGGAGCACUGAGGACCCGUGUAGAGGAAUAGGAGAAGAUGAGAUGAGGACCUCCAAAGCGCACACUGAGGUUGACGAUCCCGCAAGGAGAGGUCACAGAGGCAGAGCAAGAUGGGAAACGGCUGAGUCAGCCAGACACACAGAGCACACCAGCCAUCAACAAGAAGCCGGCAGUAGGUCCAGAGAGCGGGAAAAUGCCAUUUAUGUCCACAAAGGGGUGUCUGCAUCUCACAUCCGACCCAAGGCGGCGCAUGCACGCCCAGAAGGAGGCUCCAUCCCUACUGCAGCAAAUCCUGGUGAUCAAGAGCGAGGUCAAAGGAGCUUGCAUCGCCACAUGCAGGAUCCUCAGGAGCUCAAGAAAUGUAAUGCAGAAAGUCACCAGGACAGCCGUGUGUCUGUGGCCCAGCUCAGAAAUUCUUACAUGGAAAGCUCCGCCAUUCCUCCAAGCAGACGCAGAGCUGAACUUGAUGCAGUGGAGAGGGAUGAGGGCCAAGCAGGCUACCAAGCCCCAUGCAGGGAGCAAGGGGACAGGGGGCGCAGACCCUUCCACUAUAUCUGUCCGGGGGAGUGUAGAAAGACAUCAGAGAGGUUUAGGACACAGCCCAUCACAUCAUCUGAGCGCCAGGAGACUGCUAGGUCCUGUGUGAGUGCCGAGUUGGCUUCCAAUGAAGCUGAUGAAGAGAAGCUCGAUGAACGGGCCAAGCUGAGCGUAGCGGCCAAGCGCUCUCUCUUCAGGGAACUGGAGAAAAACAUUGGAACUGGUAAACCCCGCUCAAGGAAUGCUGCAGUGGACCGGAGGCUGAGGCGGACACAGGACCGAGCCAGAACUCAGCCAGUCACCACUGAAGAGGUGGUCAUCGCCGCCACUGUGUCCACUCAUGUUCCGCAGACUAUAACAGUUCACACAGCUGUAGCGCACGUCUCUAGUCCCACCCUAGUUUGCAGCGCCCUCCCUCCGAGCAGUCUGCAGGCAUCAUCGCAUCACAACACCAUCGCCCGGGAGCAGGCGCCAGAGGCUCAGCCAACACCGCUCACGCAAGAGACUCACAACUGCAAGAUGGAGGAACAAGUCCAGGCCCAGGAGGAGCCUGACCUCUGCACACUCAGUCUGGCAGAGAAGAUGGCGCUGUUUAACCGGCUGGCGCAGCCCCCCACCAGAGUCACUCGCACCAGGGGGGACACUCGCCAGCGCAGGAACAACGUUCGAUACCAGACACAACCCAUCACUCAGGGUGAUAUGGAGCAGCUUCAAAAUGGUACAAGCUCUCUGUUUGAACCCCUCUCUUCAUCCUCGUCCUCUGCGCUAAGAGGAGGCGGGACAGUGUCCACUGACCAUGCAGGAGACAUCCCCUUGACGAUGGGGCCAGCUGUGGUUGAAACUGCCCCUCUGAACGCCGACAAGCCGCUGCCCCCUUCCCACCUCAACAACCGAUCCCGGAGGCCCCACGACCCUGUGGACCGCGAUGGAAAGCCUUAUCUUGUGUCGCAACACGCUGAGGAAGGAACAGACCCGGCAGGAGGAAAGAGGAGGCUGCCCUCUCCUGAGGGAGCAGGCAGCCAGGCUGCUCCGCCUCAGCCACACACUGGAAGUGAGAGAUGGGAGGAAGAGGAGGAGCAGUGGGUGUCCAGGGGGGGGGUUGAUGAAAACACGCAGAACUCCGACCGUCACAUGUCGCUGGAAAGGCAGGAACAAAAGAGUUAUCCAAGGGAGGAAGUGCACCAUGCAGCCUGCCAGAGGAGCCGAACAUUCAGUGAAGAGCUACCCGAGCCCACUUUGGUGAGGUCCAGAGCAGCAUCUGGUUCAUCUAGGGGCGUAUGCCAGCCUCCCGAGGCGGACACCUACCGUGACGACGGGGAACUGACAACCGGCCCGUUGCAAUCCGAACUGGAAGACGAGUUGUGCGACACGAUGACUGCUAAACACAUGUCCAUCAAACAGAGGGUGGCGUUGCUGAAGAAAAGUGGCGAGGAUGACUGGAGGAACAGGAUCAAUAAGAAGCAGGAUGCAGUGAAGGUUGCUGUCGGCGAUCAGCACGCUCACCUGUGGGAGGUGGAGCAGAGCUUCAAGAAGAAGGGCGAUGAAGAACUGAUGAUCGAUGAUCUUGCAGUGUCUGACGAACUAUGGGCCCCCACAUUUCCCAGAUCUAUGCAGGUGGAUGAGAGACACCCCUGGAGACGAAAGAGAAUCACUGAAGCUGCAAUGGAAUCCCAGAGGAUUGAGGCCCAGAUGUCCAUCCAGGAGAGGAAAGAGCAGAUCGAAGCUCAAGAGGAGGCCUGGAAGUCGAAAGGUCACGGCGCUGCUAACGAUUCCACCCAGUUCACUGUGGCCGCACGCAUGGUGAAGAAAGGGUUGGCCUCCCCUGCUACGCCGCAAUCUUCAUCUAAACCCAAGAACGGUAGCCUCGCCAUCUCCAAACCACAAGAUGAUGUGGAGGACAUGGGUGAUGGCGAAGAAAUCAAGGCUGUACCGGAUCUGAACCUGGAGUCGGACAGUAAACUGGAAAAGCUCGAGUCGUUCCUUGGCAAGAUCAAUAGUAAAGUAGCAGCGCUGCCAGAAGCUACUGUGACAGUGACAGAGAAGAAAAUUAAAGAAGUCAUGACACUGGAAGAUGAGACUUUUUCCAAGUUCUACCGCCAAGUGGAGGAGCUGCCGACCGUCGCCAACAAGGUGGAGCUUGUUGACGACUUUGACGCCAUCUUCGGGCCGCAGGUUCCAACGCUGAUGUCGGACAUGGUGCAGCACAAGCGAGCGGUGCGCCCAACGCGUAAUGUUCAAGCGUCUAAGAACCCGCUAAAGAUGCUCGCUGCCAGAGAGGACAUCAGACACGAAUACACUGAGCAGCGCCUCAACGUGGGCCUGCUGGAGAGCAGGAGAAUGAAGGCUGAGAAAAUGAACAAGAACUCCAACUUAUCCGACGUUGCCCUGGCUGGUCUUGCCAGCAAAGAGAACUUCAGCAAUGUUAACCUGCGCAGCGUGAACAUCUCUGAGCAGAUGUCCAACAAUAGUGCCGUGCCCUACAAGAAACUGAUGCUCUUGCAGGUCAAAGGCCGCCGGCAUAUCCAGACCAGGCUAGUGGAGCCAAGAGCGUCAUCACUCAACAGCGGCGACUGUUUCCUCCUCAUCACUCCUCAUCACUGCUUCAUUUGGACGGGAGAGUUUGCUAAUGUCAUUGAGAAGAACAAGGCUUCAGAGUUGGGCAACUUCAUCCAGAGCAAGAAAGAUCUGGGUUGCCGUGCCGACUACGUCCAGGUCAUCGAGGAAGGCCUCAGUACUCACAGCCACGCGGUCAAGGAGUUCUGGAAGAUCCUGGGAGGCCACUUGAGUUACCAGUCAGCGGGCACGCCGGAUGAAGAUGAGCUUUACGAGGCCGCCAUUGUAGAGACAAACUGUAUUUACCGUCUGAUGGACAACAAACUGGUGCCGGAUGACGAUUUUUGGGCCAAGAUACCUCGCUGUUCCUUACUCAAACCAAAGGAGGUUCUGGUUUUUGACUUUGGCAGUGAGAUGUACAUUUGGCAUGGGAAGGAAGUGACACUGGCUCAGAGGAAGGUGGCCUUCCAGCUGGCCAAACACCUGUGGAACGGAACAUUUGACUACACAAACUGUGACAUCAACCCGCUCGAUCCCGGAGAGUGCAACCCCCUCAUUCCCAAGAAAGGCCAGGGGCGUCCUGACUGGGCAGUGUUUGGCAGAUUGACUCACCACAAUGAAACCACCCUGUUCAAAGAGAAGUUCUUAGACUGGAGUGAUUCCAGGAAAACCCCCAGUCCCACUAAAACCAGCAACAACCACAUCAAUGAUCACAAGGAGCAGCCCACCUCAGAUCAGCCCCACGCAUACGACGCCGCCCUAAUGAUGCCCCUGCACCAGGCGCCCGUCUGCACCGUAGUGGAUGGCUUGAAUGUAGGGCGGGGCUAUGGUCUGGUGGAGGGGGACGACCGGCGCUGCUACGAGGUCACCACGCUUGCCGUGGAGGUGUGGCACAUCCUGGAGUUCGACUACAGCCGACUGCCACGCCAAAGCAUCGGCCAGUUCCACGAGGGUGAUACCUAUGUGGUGAAGUGGAAGUACAUGGUCAGCACGGCAGUUGGGAAGCGGCAAAACCCUGAGCAGCUGAAGACUGCGGGGCCCGGCAAAGAGAAAUGCUGCUACUUCUUUUGGCAGGGUCGCAACUCCACAGUCAGCGAGAAAGGAACAUCGGCGCUCAUGACUGUCGAGUUGGAUGAGGAACGAGGAGCACAGAUUCAAGUCCUGCAGGGAAAAGAACCCCCGUGUUUCCUGCAGUGCUUCAAAGGAAGGAUGAUCGUCCACGCAGGGAAGAGAGAAGAGGAGGAAAACUCACAAAAUGACUGGCGACUGUACUGUGUGCGAGGGGAAGUGGAGGUGGAGAGCCACCUUGCGGAGGUGGUGUGCCACUGCAGUAGCCUGCGCUCCAGAGUCUGCAUGGUACUGCUGAGUGUCAGCCAGUCCCUCAUCUACCUCUGGCACGGCUGCAAGUCGCAGGCGCACACGCGGGAGGUGGCGCACACCGCGGCCAGCGGCAUCAAAGACCACUGUCCUCUGGAAGCAGGCCUCCACAGUAGCAGCAAGGUGACCAUACGGGAAUGCAAUGAGGGAGCCGAACCUCUAGGAUUCUGGGAGGCCCUUGGCAGGAGAGACAGGAAAGCAUAUGACUGCAUGCUGCAAGAUCCUGGCAGGUUCAACUUCACGCCACGUCUGUACCAGCUGAGCAGCAGUUCAGGGGACUUUGUAGCCGUGGAAUUUCUCUACCCAGCCAGAGAUGCCCAGAAGGUUAACUCCAUGCCCUUCCUGCAGGAGGACCUUUAUUCUACCUCCCAACCAGCUUUGUUCCUGGUAGAUAACCACCAUGAAGUGUACCUGUGGCAGGGUUGGUGGCCUCGGGACAGCGAAAGCACCGGCUCAGCCCGAAUCCGCUGGGACUCGGACAGGAAGUGUGCAAUGGAGACGGUGCUGCAGUACAGUAGAGAAAAGAAUCCGAAAAAGGCCCCGAAGGCGUAUCUGAUCCACGCUGGCCUGGAGCCGCUCACCUUCACCAACAUGUUCCCCAGCUGGGAGCACCGGGAAGACAUCGCUGAGAUCACUGAGCGGGAGGCCGAGGUGUGUAACCAGAUCAUCCUGGUGGAAGAUGUGUUAGCCAGACUUUGUCAGACCACGUACCCUCUGGAAGAUCUCCUGGCCCGGCCGCUGCCCGAGGGCGUUGACCCCCUGCGCUUGGAGGUCUACCUCUCGGACGAGGACUUCCAGGGUGUGGGGGCUAGUGGAAAGAAAGGCUUGCAGAUGACCAGAGAAGAGUAUGCCAGUAUGCCCCCGUGGAAGCAGAUGAACUUGAAGAAAACCAAAGGGCUUUUCUAAAUGGAGCAGUCGGCAUGUAAACAGACACAUACACCAGGAAAAGCCAGCGCCGUUCUGUAUGAGGGUUUCGAGGCUCAGGAGCAGCCUCUCCUGAGUCGACCCUCUAAUGGAGAUGACAUCAACAGAUGAGGAUGAGAGGUGUGCCAGCUUCUCAUUUAUUUGUUUGUCUUUCUGAGCUUGUGUUUGUAUAAUAAAACUGCACUUGGGUGUCUGAGAGGACUAUUUUACAGUGUGCAUGCAUGUACAUACGAUGUAGCAUAGAUGGGACACAGUCAGUGCCCUCACAUUUGUCAGCCUCUUGUCUACAUGUUUGACUUCUUCGUGCAAAUAAUUUAUAUUUAUAUUCAUGUAGGACAAAAACUAAGCUAAUUAAAAUGUUAUGAGUAUAGAAAACUAUUGUUUAAAAAAAUGUUUGUAAUCCUCCAUUGCUGUACAGGUAUAACAUUUUGCCAUUUAACCAUCAAAAUAAUGCAACUUUUAUGCCUUUUUUUUAAUUGACCAACUAAAGACUGAGAUAAUGAAAUGUAUUUGAUUCAUAAAACCUACACUCUAGUGCCUUGCAUUUGUGUACAGUUUAUAUACAGAUCACAGUCUGCCUUUUGAGGACUUUUUGUGACAACUGUAAUUGAAAUAAACCCUGGAUGUGGAAAUGGA